AUGAAAAUUAAAAGAAAAAAUUCAACUAAAUCCUUAAUUCUCAAUAUAGUUUUUACUUUUUUAUUAUGCAAAUUUUGUGAUUUAAUUAUUUGGGAUUUUCAAUAUUUAUUAUCAGUUGAAGCAGCAAUUAUUCCUUCAAACAAUAUUCAAACUACAAAAUUGCCCCAACUCGAUUUGAGAGAAAAUGAUGAACAAGAAAAUCAACCUACUCCAAUUGUUGAAAGAAUAGAAAUUAGAUUAAUUGAUAAUAAAGAAAAUGGAUCAAAUGAAAAACAAUUAAUGAUUGUUGAUGUAGUAAAGAAACAAGGAUUAGUUGCCGCAACUAUUCAGCAACAGAAUGAACUUAUGGACAAACAAAACACUAAACCUUGGUUUCUUGUUCGAAUCAGACAGCCUUAUUACCACUCAAAAAUUUCCGAGCCGUUUGAUCAGAAAAAUGAAACAAGCGAAAAUGAGAUAAAUAAUAAUUUAAUUAAUAAUGUUGAGGAAAACAAUGAAACAGUUGAAAUUGGAGAUGAAAUGUUAAAUGAUAAUUUAUUAAAAAAUGAUAGUAGAGAAGAGGAUAAAGAUUAUUUAGAGGAUGAAAGAAAUAGAACAUUGGUUUUUGACGAUAGAGAAGAAUGCUUAUUAAAUAAAGCUAAUUUGGAGAAAAAGAUAAUACAAAGACUCGUAAAUGAAAGAAGGCGAAUUGUUAGAACAAUAAAAAAGAUUAAUCGGAAUCAAAGCCAAUUGUGUCGAAUGGAUAGAAGAAGGAAUCAAGAAAAAGUUCUAUACAGGAAAUGCCCAAUGUGGAGGAGGGAAAAAUUUUUCCUUUAUUAUGCCUUAAUGAGGAUUACUUAUUGUGGAAAUCACGCACGUUGGCCUGGAGGAAUAUAUUACAAUGAAUAUUAG